CAAAAUAUGCGACGAUGUUUGUGGUCUUCAGUAUGAUCUACAGAAGUGUUUUUUUAUUUAUUCUGUGUAAUUUUGUGUCGGGUUCUCCAGCACUGGUGGAAAAUUUUAAAAUCCCACCAUCGCACAAUGACGGCAAAAUUGAUCCCGAUGAACUUAGAAACGUUACAGAACUAAUUACCAGUAAAGGUUUUCCAUGCGAACAGCACUAUGUCACAACUAAAGAUGGUUACAUAUUAAGUAUUCAGCGUAUUCCAUACAGCAAGAAGUCACCGACUCAAAAAGGGAAACCAGUAAUACUGUUACAACACGGGUUUUUGUCCUGUUCCUCCUGCUGGGUAGAUAAUUUAGUCAAUGAGAGUCUUGGCUUCCUUUUGGCAGACGCUGGUGUUGAUGUCUGGAUGGGUAACAAUCGCGGAAACAAGUAUUCCAGAAGUCAUGCCAGUCUCAGUCCAAGCGACCCACGUUUUUGGGAAUUCAGCUGGGAUGAAAUGGGAAAGUACGACCUACCUGCAAUGAUUGAUUACAUUUUAAACCAAACAGGAAGCACUGAGUUGUACUAUGCUGGACAUUCUCAAGGAACGGAACAAGCCUUUGCAGGGUUUAGCCAAGAUAUUGAGCUUGGAAAAAAGGUCAAAACUUUCUUUGCCCUUGCCCCUAUUGGAAAUUUGACGAACAUAAAAAGCCCGAUUCGCUAUUUAGCGCCUCUCGCAAAAGACUAUCAGCUUUUUCUUGAAUUAUUUGGGAAGUACGAAAUAUUUCCCAACACGAAAUUGUUUACCCUCUUUGCCCAGGAUUCUUGUCGAAUAAAGGCCAUUGAUGACAUCAUUUGUGCGAACAUAUUUUUUCUUCUCGGCGGAUACGAUUCUCCACAGUUUAACUUAUCACGGGUCCCUGUCUAUGUCAAAGAUCACCCAUCGGGGUCGUCAGUGCAAAAUCUCCUGCAUUAUAGUCAGAGUGUUCUGCAUGGCCAGUUUCAAAUGUUCGACUAUGGAUCGCCUGAAUCAAAUUUGAAGCAUUACAACCAAACGACACCUCCUUUGUAUGACGUCACUAAAAUGGAGACACCCGUGGCCCUUUUUACUGGAGGAAAUGAUUGGUUGGCUGAUCCUAAGGAUGUGGAGACUCUCCUUCCAAACCUGAAAAAUAUUAGAUCACAUAAGAACAUACCUGAAUGGGAACAUCUGGACUUCAUUUGGGCGUUAAAUGCUCCAACACAGUGCUACAACGAUAUAAUCAAUAUGAUUAAAAACGAUAACAAAUAAGGCAUCCAAUGAAACGCACAGAAAAAUAGCAUGAAAGCAUGCAUUCUUCUACAAUGAUAUUGUUUCAAUAAUCUGAAUGUCUCAGGCAACAAGAGAAAUGUGUGUAUUACAAUGUAAAAUUUUUGAAGUGACUAUUAUUAUUGUAUUUGAGAUGAAUUUGUAGAGAUUGACUAUAAUUUGUAACAAACUUUUAUGGAUCAAGAUAUUAAUUUGAAUAUACCUCUGUGACAUAUGAUGUACAAUGUAGCUGAUAUUAUCUAAGUUCUUUGACAAUUUCAUGAUAUCUUGAUAAAAGUUGUUUCUUAUGUGUAGAUCUAGCUGAUAUUUUAAACUUUAAAGCUAUAUAUGUGGUAAUCUUUGAAUAUUAUCGUAGGAAUAAAUAAAUGUGUUUUAUAUCAAGCUAUAUACGUUAUACACUUUAUGCGAUUUAACUCAAUCGGAUUAAAAAGUAAUCAAGCUAA